CAACGAGAACCUAUCUCCAAACACUUCGUUAUGAUUCUCCAGCAUCUUCGAGAGAAUCACAAAGAUGCGGCUAAUCUGCUUUGUUUGUUCUCAGUCCUGCAACCCGAGGCCAUUCCUGUCUUUGAUCACUGGUACAGGGAGCAGGACACAGCUAAGCAGCCUCAAAUAGCUCCGAGUGCCACAGAUCAGCCAAAUUUUCUCGAAUUCAUUGCCCGGGUCGCCUGCUGUAUAUCGCCACGGACUCGAAAGUCAAAAGAUCGGUUACUUUCCCUGCAAGAUACACCUUCCAAUAUGAGCGAAACAGUAAAAGUUAUCAAAGAUAGCGAACGACUGUACAAGGCUAUCGCAAAACUUGUCGACUUUAGUCUGGUGCGAAGGCUAAGCGAGAAAAAUGUUCUUUGGAUGCAUGACCUCACUCGUCGCUCGAUUGGUCAAAGUAUUCCAGACAGUGAUCGUACUCACUUCCUGCGUUUGGCAACUCAGGUGCUCUAUCACUCGUUUCCAAAGAAAGACAAUACACUCAAAGAACGUUUGAUUGUGGAUGCAUAUCUCUAUCAGUCCGUUAAACUGAUUGAACAAGCUCGCAAAACAAGCAUCACCAAAUGGGAUUACGUUCCACUUAUGGUCAUUUGUGCGCAAUGCAUGCGUAAUCGCGGCAAGUAUCCAGAAGCAAUUGAUUGGUUCAAGAUGGCUAUGCCGGAAUACCAACGCAACCUUGGUAACAUUCACUAUCGAGUGGCUUCACUUCUACACAAUAUGGCUUUGACAUACCACGAGGCUAGUGACCUGGAUGAUGCCGAGAAGACUUACGUUGCGGCGCGUGAUAUGAGACGCCAAAUAUUUGAGGAAGACUCCGUCGAGGUUCUGGACACCAUGAACAAACUCGCAGCCUGCAUCGAGAGACAGGGUCGUUUGAAGGAAGGUGAGACGAUGUUUGCCAGCACUUAUAAGGGCUUCAAACAACGGCUUGGUACCAUGGAUCCCAUUACCCUUGCCGCUGCUCACAAUCUUGCUUUGUGCUUCGCAAAUCAAGGCCGAGUCGCUGAGGCCGAAGCGCUUUAUCGUGAAACUCUCCAACGAUCCGAGGAUGCCUUUGGACCUGAAGACUUCGGCACACUGAAGACUCUCGGAAAUCUUGCAGUCGCUGUUGAUCAGUCAGGACGGCUUGACGAAGCCGAACCAUUAUACCAACGUGCGCUAGCAGCAUACACCAAGCUUUGUGGUGUUGAUGAUAUGUUGACUCUCAGAGUACGUAGCAACGUCGCAUGUCUAUAUCGUCAACAGGGGCGCUUUGCAGACGCCGAAACUGCUAUGCGGGAUGCUCUUGGGGCAUUCAUAAAUCUCUUUGGCGAAGAUAAUUUUCACACCGCCGUGGCAUACUACGACCUAGGAGAGAUUUUACUCGAGAAGGGAGCCUUGGAUAAAUCGCAAGGAUUUCUGGCGCUCGCGUUGAAAAAGAUGAACGCAAAGUCAGCACAACAUCCGUUGACCUUCCGGGUCUUGGAUGCCCUUAGUAUCUUCCAUCAUAAAGCCAGCAAUCUUUUUCAAGCCGAUUAUUUCAGCGCACUGGCAUGGUCACAAAACGAGGCGUUACUUGGACGUGACGACCCGUUUACUCUUGUGGCAGCGAACAAUCGGGCUGAGUACCUACAUGCCGCGGGACAAUAUCAAGAAUCAUGGGAUCUCUACGUUCGAUGCCUUGAUGGCUUUAGGAAGCUUCUUCCAGCACGACAUCCACAUAUAUUGAUGGUGCUAAACAAUCUCGGACGAAUCUCAUGGCUUUUGCCCUCCAAAGAUCCACUGCCGUUCUUCCUGGAAGCUUUGGCUGAUUCCACUUCAUUGCUCGGACCAAGACACCGAUGCACUGUCACCGUCGCCAUGAACAUCGCUCGCACGAAAUUUUCGCAAAGCAACCAUGUUGACGUAGAGACUGCAAUGCUCGAAGUUCUUAAGCUGUACAAAGUAACACUCGGAGCCGAGCAUCCAUGCGUAGGAACUGCAAACUUCCACUGUGGCAUGUAUUAUGCAUCAACAGCACAGAGCGAGGGCCUUCUCAAGGCACGUUCUGCAUUUCUCGAUGCAUCCGAUUGUUUUUUGAAAGCAUUUGAACCACGACAUCCCAAUUACAUCAUGGCUAUCUGCAUGCUUGUACGUAUCCUCCAGGGACUGCAACAGUUCGAUGACGCCGAAACCUACCGGUCGGUAUUGGAGACGAUUCCUCAGGAUCAGUCUGCUGGCAGAUAUAUUAGCGUCGGCGACACUUCUUUGACGUACAUGGCUCUAGCAUCGAUAGAUCUUUUUGACUGGAGAUCCAUAGUAAGUCUGCCUUUUGGCGAAACAAUCAGACUGAGAUGGGGUCGCAAGAAUGUGUGGCGAGAGCCUGAACCUGCGACACUAGAGGCCUAA